CCGCCUCCCGCAUGCGCACUGUGCCGGCCAAUCGGCGCUGCUCCCUCUCAGGAGAGGCCGGUUGCUUCCGUGCUGUCCCGAGGUCCUGAGAGGAGCGUCCCGUGUGCGGUGUGAGGUUCGCAGUUUGGAGAUUGUGGGUGCAGGCGUGCUGUCUAUACCUCGGAAGACUCGAGUAGAUGGAGAGGCCUCAGAGGAAGCGUCUCAGGAGGGUUAAGGAUGCCUCGAAGGAGACUCAGGAUGCCCCGAUGGAGGCUCAUGAUAUGGCAGCCUGUGACUCUGGGAGUCAGGAGAGAAGAGAGCUGACAAACAGGUCAGUGAUUGAUAUCCAUGAAGAAGAAAGUCCUUUGCAAGCAGCAUUUAUGGAAGAUGUGAGGAAUGAAUUACAGGAUAUGCUGAAAAAAUUUGAAGAUGAUAUUAAGAAGCUUCUUCAUGCAAAGAGAAAAAGAUUUAUAAUGAAUACCAAUGCUUCUAUCCAAAGCAUUAACCUGAUAAUUGAGCAUGUUUGGAAAACCCAGGAGGAGCAAAGGCAGAAGCUUUAUCGUGAAUAUUCUCAGCAGUUUCUGACUUUGUUUCUGGAGUGGGAUAUAAGCGUGCAGGAAACCAAGGAGGAAGAAGAAAAACUAGCUAAUUUGUUUCGUGAGCAGCAAAAGAUUUUUCAAGCAGCAAGAAUUGUUCAGAGACAGAGGCUGAAAAAAUUUUUUAACUUAUACGACCAGUUCUUAAAGAGUAUGGAGGAGUUUCAGAAGGAUCAUGAACAUCUUCUGACUGAUGAACAAAGUGAAGUUAGACGAGAAAUGGCCAUGCUGCAAAACAAAAUUGUGAUGGAUGCUCAACAGCAAGAGCUGGCAAAUAUUCGGAAGUCUCUUCAAUACCUGCUCUCUGACGAUGCUGAAGACAGAACUGGAACCUAAGUUAUAUGAUAGUAACGUAAUAUUAGCUCCAUCAAACCUAUACAUUGCCAUAGGCUAAAAUUUUCUAGUUGCAGUCAGCACAUCUUGUUUAUCAUUUGUUUGUUAAGUGUAAGAAUCCUUUUCUGUUAACCACUAAAUGAAUCCUAAACAGUUAUGUGGGUAGCAACAAUUUCACAGGUACAAGGAUCAAGCUUUCCACCCUUUGGGUAGCAAAUGGAGAU